AUGGCCAGGCGUAUGCUUGGGUACUGUCUGCCAGUGGUCAGCCUGUCCGAAUUUGAGGCAGAACUGAAAUCUGCUGGUGAGAAGCUUAUAGUAGUUGAUUUCUCUGCCGCGUGGUGUGGACCGUGCAAAAUGAUCAAGCCCUUUUUCCAUAGUUUGUGUGAGAAGUAUGGCGAUGUGGUGUUCAUCGAAAUUGAUGUGGAUGAUGCCCAGGAUGUUGCUACGCACUGUGAUGUGAAGUGCAUGCCAACGUUCCAGUUCUACAAGAAUGGAAAGAAGGUGCAGGAGUUCUCUGGGGCCAAUAAAGAGAAGCUGGAAGAGACCAUCAAAAGUCUAAUCUAAUCUCCAGCCAUGGAGACAUUGAAGCAUGACUGCUUCGGCUAAGUUAUAGCCUCUAACUUUUCUACUUAAAAAAAAAAUCUAAACAAGCUAGCUAGUGGUGGAAACUAUCCUCCAGAUCUAUAUAAAUGACUACAAUAAAGUGUAAAUUCUUCACUUUCAG